AUGUCAUUACCAGCUUCAUUUGAUUUAACUGCUGAAGACGCUAAGUUAUUAUUAGCUGCAAACGUUCAUUUAGGUUCAAAAAACGUUCAAGUAUGUUUUAAAAAGAAAUUAAAGAUUGGAUUUAUGAAAUGAAAAUAUUGAAAAUGAAGGUUUGAAUUUAGUCAAGAGAUGGAUCAUGACAAGAUUAGGGACAUUUCAUAAUUGAGUUUAUCAAGAAUCAAAUACUAACCAAAUUAUUAGGUUCACAACAAACCAUAUGUUUACAAAACCAGACCAGAUGGUGUUAAUAUCAUCAACAUUGGUAAAACUUGGGAAAAAAUUGUUUUAGCUGCUAGAAUUAUUGCCGCUGUUCCAAAUGCUUCAGAUGUUGCAGUUUGUUCAUCAAGAACUUUUGGUCAAAGAGCUGUUUUAAAAUUUGCUGCUCACACUGGUGCUACACCAAUUGCUGGUAGAUUUACUCCAGGUAAUUUUACCAAUUAUAUUACUCGUUCUUUUAAAGAACCAAGAUUAGUUAUUGUUACUGAUCCAAGAACUGAUGCUCAAGCUAUUAAAGAAUCAUCAUAUGUUAACAUUCCAGUUAUUGCUUUAACUGAUAUGGAUUCACCAUCAGAAUAUGUUGAUGUUGCUAUUCCAUGUAAUAACAAAGGUAAACACUCAAUUGGUUUAAUUUGGUGGUUAUUAGCUAGAGAAGUUUUAAGAUUAAGAGGAAUUAUUCCAAAUAGAACAACUGAAUGGUCAGUCAUGCCAGAUUUAUAUUUCUAUAGGGAUCCAGAAGAAAUUGAACAAAAUACUGCUGAAGAAUCAAAAGCUGAAGAAACUGAAGAACCUCAACAAGCUGAAGCUGAACAAGAAUGGACUGGUCAAACUGAAGAUGUUGAUUGGGCUGAUUCAGGUGUUACUCCAGCUGCUGAAGAUGCUGCAGCUUCAAACUGGUAA